AUGUUCAACCAGAACGCAUACGGCCAGUACUCGUCCUCAUCUGGCGGUAACGAGCCGCUCGCGUUCUACCAGGGCGGGUCGAACUAUGGCGGAUAUUCCAGCCAGCAGAGUGGGGGAAUGGGUUCCAUGGGCUCCAUGGGCGGGGGAGGAUACGCGAGCGGGAACAUGGGGAACAUGGCGGGCGGGCGGAUAUCAACCGGUGGCGAGGGGAGAUGGUGGGAGGCAUUUGGGACUGGCGGCCUCGAGGGUGAGCCAAGUUUGAUGCAAGAACUCGGCAUUGAUCCCGGACACAUCCUGCAAAAGUCGCUCACUGUUCUGAAUCCUUUGGGCAAGAUCGACACGCACAUUAUGGACGACGCGGACAUGGCGGGUCCGCUCGUCUUCUGCUUUGCGUUUGCAUUCGUGUUACUCCUCUCGGGCAAGCCCCAGUUUUCUUACAUCUACGGCGUCGGGUUGCUGGGGACCAUCUCGAUCUACACCCUCCUCAACCUCAUGAGCGACUCAGGAAUCGAUGCAUACCGCACCGCCAGUGUGCUCGGGUACUGCCUCCUCCCAAUGGUUGGGUUGGGCGGCCUCGGCAUCGGACUGGGCAUGGACACAGCAGUCGGUGGGGUCCUCAGCAUCGUGAGCGUUGUGUGGUGCACGUACGCCGCUAGCACGAUCUUUGUGGCCGUCCUCCGCAUGGACCGCCAGCGCCUCCUCGUCGCGUAUCCCGUCGGACUGUUCUAUGGGUGCUUUGCUCUUCUCAGCAUAUUCCAGGUCGCCAAGUAG